CUCCAAACCGCUCCGGUGUCGAGGCUGGCAGUCGGAAAACAGGAAGUGCCGCCAUGACAGUCCACGCAUGUGAACUUUAACCAUUUUUUAUUUAAAUAUUAUAUAAUAUUUCUAAACAAAUCAGCCUAAAAAAUUAUAUAGUUGUCUAAAGAGAACCAAGGCUUCAUUAAUUAAAAAUACGAACGAAUUGACAUCUAUUUUGCAAAUUAAUUAAUUAAUAAUAAUGAAAAUGAUGAUGCAGAACAACGGGAUAAAUCUCCGAGAGCUGAAACAAUAAAAUUGAGUGCCGACUCGCCGAGUCAUUUUAGGGUUUCAUUUAAUGAAUCAGUUCAUUCGCGAUCUACUCCUAGUCUAUUCGCGAAACAGCUGAUAAACUUAUUGAUAUCGUAUGAGUAAAAGGGAGGGUGACAUCAUUGCUUACCUCGAGCUAACACACCCACGCUUAUGAAAGUUUGUUGUUUAUAGUAGAAUUUAUGAUAUAUAGCACAUUUAGCUAUAUACAAAUCGUAUAUUUCAUAUAUUCGAAUUUAAUAGAUGUUUGUGUUGUGUCUGAAAUAAAUAAACAAUAGAAAGAAAAUGGGAGACAUUAAGACUCAAAUAUUUUAUUUGAUUGAUGAAGCCAUUCGUGUAGACAGUGUAGGUCAAAUAGAUAGAGCCUAUUUAAAAUAUGCAGAAAGCAUAUUAACAAUUAGCAGAUAUAUUUUGGAUCAAUUCCAAAACGUAGGUUUUCCACAUGAAUAUAAUUAUAAACAAGACAUUGAAAAAUUAAUUACUUUAGGAAAAGAAUGCUGGGAUAGAUUAUAUAAAUUAAUUUCUGAUACAGAAAAAAAAGAAAUCAGCAAAAAGGAAAUACACAUAAAACAUGAAAGAAAUUCUUUUUCCAAAAGUGAAAAAGUUUCUAAGAAAACGGAUGUAGGACGUGAAAGUCAAAAAGUUAUCAGUAGUGCAUCAGAUUCCCCUAAUACUGUAUUUUCUUCUUGUGAUCAUUUAUCAAUUCCAAAUAUUUCUGUUAUGACAUGCCAGCCUACACCAUUAGAAAAAUGCAGACAGCGUAAUAUACAACUUAGACAGAAAUAUCAGCAAAGAAUGAUGAGAGUUGAAAAUCCAAUUGUUAAAGCAAAUUUAGUAAGAUAUCUUAUUUAAUAAUUAAUCAUUAAUUAAAGCCUAAAAGUCUAAUUAUUUGAUUAUAUUUGAAU